GCAAAUUCAAGAGGUUUUUUUUUUAUACAACAAGGCCAUUGAUUACUAAGGAGUAACCCGAAUUAAAAGCCACGACUUUUAAUAUCACGUCCAAGAAGCACACCGCGGUAUGUUGUGACAAUGUUCGUUGGCUUUUUUUAAUUUCCGAGCGCCUCCGUUUCUUCCAUUUUACUCUCCAUUCCACGACAAAGUCGUUAAAUUGAAUGCGCUGCGUGUAAGUGAAUUCAAGAUAAACACAAAACUACCUUGAAAAAUCAGCAAAUAUGUUGACUUUUAAAAUUGACAUAAGAUAUUAAAGUGAUUAUGUACGUUUCUUUGCGGAGAUUUUAUCCAAAAUAUUUACGCUAGCACUACGCCAUUUUUAAUGACAGGUUUGGUCAUCUUUGAAGAAAAGAUAAAAAACGCCUAACUAUUGACAAGAAACCGCUGUCGUUUUUUCUCGUGUGUUAUGCUGCUUCGAUCCUUUUGUUACGAUAAUUGUUACAAGACCUUAACAAAAUAAAAGUAUUACAAUUACCUAAAUAUUUCACAAUCAGAAGAUUGCGAGUUGAGAACGUAAAGGGUCAUUCCUAAUCGUGAUAAGGUUCAGAUUAUUGUGUUAGGAAAGCCAUAGCUUUAGGAAACCACGGAGUAUUGUCCUAUUUUUAAACUUACAAAAUUAGUUUAAUUUCGGCCAGGUUCUUUGCGAAACCCGCCUUCCAAAUUAUUAAGUAUGCCCGAAAUGGCCUAGAGAAAACUUUAAUAAACUUUAUAGGGCCAUGUCUUUGCGCUCGAAGAAAAUGAGUUCGCAAUUUAUUGAACGCUAAUAUGAAAAAAGUAAUAACACAAAAAGUUAUAAUUCACUUUAUUACUGGUGCUCAAUUUUUCUCAGAACAACAGUCCCGAGAUAAAGGUCCGGCUACAAGAAUCAGACAACAAGCGCGGAUUGCCUGAAGGAAAAGAUCUUAGCGGUAAUCUGCGUCCGGAAAGCUGAGGGGCAAAUUGAAACUGAGAUAGACGUUCUAUAUAGACGAAAGCUCUGAACUGUUUGUAAACGAUGAAGUGGUAGGCCUUUCCAUCGGUGUUUGAGUAACAAGUUUAAUACUUACAAUGUUCUCUCUUUUUUAAUUAGCCUUGUCAACAAUGCAGCGCGACCGCAAAGCGGCGGGUAUAAACAAAAUGGAGUUAGCAGCCCGUGUUACGAGGUUUUAUUACUUCACCAGGCCGCCGAAUGUCAAACUUCCUGUCCGCGUUAGAAGAGCGGACGGUGCCUUUGUGGGGAGCAAUGCCCGAUGACACAAAUCUUCGGCCUGCCGACCUGUUGUAUAAACAUUGAGUGACAUCGAAACUCAGAGCACGGUGAGGCUUCGAAUCGGCGACAAACAAAAGAAAUUUUUGAAGUUUGUCGGUGUGUUUAGCAAACGCCAUUUAUUUCGAUAGCUUAAGUACACAUUGGAGCAGCGUAAAAAUACCCCACAUCUGUCUCGGGGUUUACUUCAAACGCGUCAAGUUGUUUAAAAGAUUAAGAAGCUCUCGACGUGUGAGUGAAUCAAAACAUGCCAAGACCUCUGAGAAACAGCUACGGCAGUGCAAAGCCGCCGUACUCCUACAUUUCGCUGACAGCCAUGGCUAUCCAGAGCUCACCGCAGAAAAUGCUAUCGCUCAGUGAGAUUUAUCAAUUCAUCAUGGAUCACUUUCCUUUUUACAGGGAAAAUACGCAACGCUGGCAGAACUCGCUGCGACACAAUCUCAGUUUCAACGACUGCUUUCUAAAGAUUCCUAGAAGACCAGAUCAGCCCGGCAAGGGAAGCCUCUGGGCUCUUCACCCAGAUUGCGGAGCAAUGUUUGAGAAUGGUAGCUUCUUGCGCCGCAGAAAACGCUUCAAAUCCGAGAGGGAGAGGACCAGUAAACUUGCAAAGCUGAUCACAGAUGAGUCUAAAGAACCGCAUAACGGCAGAGUGCUUAUGACGAGUGACAAUCCUGCUCGCAGCAUCUCGCCAGUCGAUGUCACUCAAUCAGGCUUCAAGCACCCUUUUAACAUAGAGAACCUCAUUGGAUCAGACAUCAAAAGCGUUCAGUCGUGCUCGACAAUGACAGCCCCUAUUCCCUCUCUACCAACUUGUCCAUCCUGCAUGAAUACACCUCCCGCCUCCUCACUGGCAGCCGGCUAUCAAGGAAAUCUUUGGUCUGCUGCUUUGCCAGCCCCGUAUUUCGCCAAACCUUGUUCUCAUCACGAGCGUAUGAAGGAAUAUGAGAUAGCAAGGCUUGGACAACAGUUUUACCACACAGGAGAACUUGCUUCGUUUUACGGCGCAGUUCCAGUAUCCCCUGCAGUUCUACCGCAGGCACUGUUUCGGUGACCGUGUUCCAAGCUGUUCAGAGCUGUUUACGCCAUCAAACACUGCUACAAAGUGUAAGGAGACACUGACACUUGGAAUACUUUAACUCUAUUAAAAGCAGUAAUAGCCCACGAGGACUUUUAGUCAAACAGCCGAAGGUUUCUAAUGCUACUUAGACGGUCGCUCAGGUCUUCACACUCAAAGAAACAUUCAGAGGAGACAAAGCCUUGAGUUAAGUAGCAUAGCAUGAAAGUGUCAGUUUUAAAUCGGUUCCUGUUAAAAACUGAAUGGGCGAUAAAGUGUCUUGUUUAUUUCGUCGCGAAAUGACUCGAAAAGCACAGCCGUUGUUAAACGAAAAGGGAUAGUUUCAGAGGCCUAUUUUAACUAUGAAAUGACUUAUUUUAAAACACUGAAAAGGAAGACAACUUAUUGAGGUAAAGGAAACUACAUAUUACUCGCAGUAAAUGUUUGAACAAAUAGCCCGCUUUAAUGUCGCCCACAACUCAGUAUGUAAAAACUAUUUUUAUCGGGCUAAAAAUGAUUAUAUCCCUAGAGAGAAAUAAUAGGCAAAUUGAAGGCCAAACCUUGAAUGAAAUAUUGUAUAUAAAGAUCAGUAUAUUUGAAAUGAAAGCUGUUAUUCGUUUUAGAUGAUUUCGGGUACAUUUCCCAGUAGGUAAUUUGUGUACGUUACAAUUCGAAAUUUAAAACGCAAACUAGGUUGAAUAUAGGUUACAGUUCUUGGUUUUCACAAGUUAUUCAGUUGAAAAAGAUUCAACCUUGGUUGAACUCGCUCACCCUAAAAAGGCUCGAAUGGUAUUUUUGUGAUAAAAUUAUUUCGUAGAUUUAAGUUGUUCUGAAUUGUAAACAUUUGCCCAGCGAGCUCUUGGAUUGUAUACGUUUUUCAUUUCUUGUUGGUUUUAAAAGCAGAAAUUUGUGAAGCCUUAAGUAAAUAUGGUUAAAAAGUAUUUGAAAAAUGUUCUUGUUUUUCUUUAUUAAUCUCAAGGAAACUUAAACUACAUCAGUGAAGCACUUAGCAUCACCUACCAAAUGUUGAUCGAAAUAAAAAAAAAAGCCGAUUAGAUAUU